AUGCGGCAUUUCAAAUUAGCAUUUCCCUGGUUAGCCCAUCUGGCUAUCGGAAGCCUUCUUCUGCCUCUCCAAAGCUCCGCAUACCAGUCGAAUCCCACACCCAUAGUGACCCUAUCCAAUGGCCCCAAGAGCAGUACUACCUUCAUUGGCCGUUCCCUCCCCGAGUUCGACCAAGAGCUGUUCCUCGGAAUCAAGUACGCAGACAAACCAGUACGCUUCACGCCUUCGUCUUUGAAAACGGUCUACGCGUCUAAUGACAGUGAUUCGGGGCCUAUUCGUCACUCGUCUGUUUCUACACGUGGGACUGUGCUUUACAAUGCCACUCAAUAUGGGUAUGACUGUCCUGGCUAUGGGUCUGAUACGACGACACUGCUGAACAUGGGCUUAAUUGAAAUGAAUGAGGACUGUCUCAAUUUGAAUGUCAUCCGGCCGAGAAGGCAUGGAGAUGAAGAGUUACUGCCUGUCUUAGUGUGGAUAUUCGGGGGCGGGUGGCAGCAGGGUGCUACGGCCGAUCCGAGGUAUGUAUUGACGAUUUGUGUGGCAGCGGAUCGAUCAUUGAAUGGCAGGCCUAUUCUGGGCGUCUCUAUCAGUUACCGUCUUGCUGCAUUUGGUUUUUUGGAUUCGGAGGAGGUUCGGGUACGUCUUGUUUUCGUUUUCACGCUAUCCAGUUGGCAAGCCUGA